UCGCGUCGGUAAGAGGUGCGUUGCAGUGCGUUUUUGUUGGGGGGAGUGCUUUCUUUUGGUGAUAAAACACAUAUUACAUCUACUGCUGGGUGGGUGGCUAUCUCUAUGCCAUCGCAUCCUCUUUCUUUCGCUACUCUUCAGCAAGUAGUUUCAGUGUUUAUGGUUUAUACGUGCAGAGAAAGCAUUAGUGGGAGCUACACUACAUAACGCUAACGAUUGGCGAAGAAUAAUAAGUGAUAGAAAAACAACCAGAAAAGUGCAAAAUAUUGUUAUCUGAAGCAGAUAAAACAUCCCACUCGGCAUCCAUCCGGUGAAGAUCAGAUACAUCCAGUAUUGCGGAAAUAGCGGACUGACAAUUGUAUAUUAACGCUUGCCUUACGGUACCGUGCGGAACAGCGCCAGGAGAAGGAGGAAAACCUUUACAAAGUGCGUCAAUUUCGUGGCGGACAAUCUCAUCACCUCGGGAGCGAUUAGAAGUUCGAGAAGGUGUCUCGUUGUGCGUUCGGCCGCUGUUUCCAAAGCCUAACGACGUUUCCAAAGCGACAGAUCAUGCAGUGUGGCGUUGAAACCAUGAACGAUUGUGAGCGAUCCCCCGGCCGUACUGGACUGCGCGUCAACUUCACCGAGAAGGGCGAGGUUAAGGAGCGCCGCGAGAAGUUCCUCACAGCCAAGUACGGCUCGCACCAGAUGAGUCUGAUCCGGAAGCGGCUAGCGGUGGAGAUGUGGCUGUACGACGAGCUGCAGAAACUGUUCGAUCCACCCACAGAAGCAAUCGACGUGGACAUCGAUGAGAUUCUAGACAUGGACACCGAUGACAUAAGAAGAUCGCAUUUGUUCAGCCUGCUUUCCGCAUGCAAACGACCACCGCAAGACAUAUCGAAAUUCAUUAGCGAUCUUUUGGAUAGGGCCAAAACUCUCUGAGCUGGACUGGUCAUUUCAGUUUAAAAUGUAGCGUUUAAUUAAUUUAAUGUAUUAUCAUUUAACGAUGUCAUCACCACCCAACCACUGGCUGCUACCAAGGCACAAAACCGAGAUUCCGAGGUCCUCCAUCCAUCUGUUUCUGUGAUUCUGGCACAAAAGCGUCACGUUACGAGGCUGCCGGUCCGACCGAUCUAAGCUUUAUUAACGUGCGUUUUAGCAACAAUUACAUGAUUACAAGCAAUGCUUGUUCAUCAA